AUUUCGCCAUUUCCUGGGAGGUUCCCGGGAAGACAGUCAAAACUCCCAAAUUCUUCUUUCCUUAAUUUGUACGACAUAGACUAAUUUAGAAUGUUUAGAUCUGAACAAACAUUUUAAAAAGAAGAAGAAGAGGAAAAUUCAAAAUCCCUUUGGAUAAUUUCUUGUUCUUGUUCUUCUUUCUCAGUAAAUCUUGGCCUGUACAUAAACCCCAUAUACAGAUUGACUCAAAUUACAUACAAAGAUUUGAUUUUGAAUGUAUGAGAUUGUAAAAACAUGAUGGAACUCAAGCCCCUUAAUUCAGUUCCACCUGUAAAGCCACCGCCAGGUCACAAUCUCUUCCCAACACUCAAUCCACCAGAAAAGACUCUAACUUUCCACAAAUUUUUGGUCCUUUUCCUUACUUUUAUAGCAUAUGCAGCUUUACAUGCCUCUAGGAAACCACCUAGUAUAGUAAAAUCAGUUCUUGGCCCUGAGAUCAAAGCUCAUAAUGGUACAGAUAGCACCAUUGUUGCAACUGGAUGGGCCCCAUUUGAAGGUGCUAGUGGGCCACAUCGUUUAGGGGAGCUUGAUCUUGCAUUCUUGUUAGCAUAUUCAAUUGGGAUGUAUUUUGCUGGACAUAUUGGUGAUAAUAUUGAUUUGAGGAUUUUUUUGACUGUUGGAAUGUUGGGUAGUGGGGUUUUGGUGAUUGCUUUUGGUUUAGGUUAUUUUCUUGAUGUGCAUUGGCUUGGUUUUUUCUUAAUUGUUCAGAUUUUGUGUGGGCUUUUUCAGUCUAUUGGGUGGCCUUGUGUUGUGGCUGUGAUGGGAAAUUGGUUUGGGAAGGCUAAGAGGGGUUUGAUAAUGGGAGUGUGGAAUUCAAAUACCUCUAUUGGUAAUAUUAUAGGUUCUCUAGUUGCCUCAUCUGUGUUGAGUUUUGGUUGGGGUUGGUCUUUUGUAUUGCCUGGCUUAUUCAUUUUGGUUGUGGCAGCUUUGGUUUACAUGUUUCUUGUAGUGAGCCCUGAUCACAUUGGUCUUGAAUUGACUUCGAAGGAGAUUGAGAUGAAUGUGGAGGGAGUUGCAUUGGUGGGCUCGGAGACGGGUGAAGUGGAAGAGGAGGGAGUUGUGGAACCCGAAAUGGAGGGUGCUGGUGCAAUCGGGUUCUUACAAGCCUGGAGGUUACCAGGCGUGGCACCGUUUGCGUUUUGCUUGUUUUUCUCCAAGCUAGUGGCUUACACAUUUUUGUAUUGGUUGCCCUUCUACUUAAGGCAAACAGUUGUUGCUGGUGUGCAGCUGUCUCACAAAAAUGCUGGGAUCCUUUCGACAGUUUUUGAUAUUGGAGGAGUCAUUGGAGGGGUUUUGGCAGGAGUCACAUCCGAUAUAAUUGAAGCUCGUGGGGUUACUUCCAUUGUGUUCUUGUUGUUAUCCAUACCUUCUCUUCUUUUCUAUCGCAUAUAUGGGAGUGUAUCUAUGUUUACGAACAUUGCUUUGAUGCUCAUUUCUGGUGCACUUGUCAAUGGUCCUUACUCCCUUAUUACCACAGCAGUUUCAGCAGAUCUUGGUACUCAGAGCCUGAUAAAGGGGAACUCUCGUGCAUUAGCUACGGUGAGUGCAAUUAUAGAUGGUACUGGUUCAGUAGGGGCAGCUCUCGGGCCACUUUUAGCUGGAUAUAUUUCAACAAGAGGAUGGAACAGUGUGUUUGUUAUGCUAGUUCUUUCAAUAUUCAUUGCAAGCCUAUUUUUAAUCCCUAUCGUGAAAAAUGAGAUUAAAGGAAAGCUGAACGAAGGGAAAUGGCUUUGGAUCAGCGCAUUUAAAAGGUGAUUCAGAACCUCUCGAAGGUAAGCCUACGAAUACCUCUUUUUGAAUAUGAAAAUGGCUCAGGAUUUGAACCUUUGAAGUAGUGCAGCAGCUCCUAUUCUUUUGUAUAGAUUCUUAAAGAUCUCUAUAGAGGAGUUCAACAGUAGACUCGCGAAGCUGUUAUUCUUGUAUGUCCUUUUCUGGAUAUCUCAUUUUAGCGAUACACAUUUCACAGAACAGUGAAUACUUGUUAUAUUAUUCUGUACUAUUCAGCUGACUUCGAGUAUCAUUUUUGUGCCUUUUUGCGUUUCUUGUAGCAUGAGAUGGAUGUGUUUCUGUUCCGUUGAAACAUAUUAAUGAAAGAAAUUUAUGUUGA